AAGAACUUUUGGAAGGUCUCUAUCUUGUAUUUGUGAAGCGAACAAACGAAGCUGGCGUUGACAUCAAUUGCGCCAUUCACCACCCUCACACGGCAAAUUUGAUUCAGUUUACAUGCGGUCUCGGACCCAGGAAAGCUAAAGCUUUAAUCCAAACCCUGAAGCGAAACAAACAGCGAUUAGAGAAUCGAUCUCAGUUGGAGACUGCUUGUCACAUGGGUCCAAAGGUUCUGGCCAAUUGCGCUGGUUUCAUUAAAUUUAACACAAAUGCGCUGGGUGACGGUGCCGAGUCGUCGGUCGAAGUGCUAGAUGGUUCUCGUGUCCAUCCGGAUGGUCGGUCGCCAUAUCAACGACUAUCUUCUGAAGAUAUCUUCAACAUGGACAUUAAGGAAACUCCCCAAACCUUUUCUAAGGGCAAAGAGGUCUCGGCAACCGUCACACAAAUCCAACGUCAUAAAACCAAGCGAGAAGAACUGGACACAGCCAAUCCAAGCAGAAACGAAAGUACUGGCUCUCGUCUGGAUCGUUCAACUCGUAAUCAACAACCUGGCUGCAGUAGCCGGGAUGACCGUCGCCAAGGUGGCGGGAGUCCAGGUAGCAGCAAAAGUUAUCGAACUUCAAGUUCUCCGUUGCCACCGCAACGUUCAUCUCGGAGCACCCGUUCACCGUUUGCCGUUGCAGCAAAGGACUACAUUCUCGUGGCUCCCAGUUUGCGCUCCAUGCCUAUUGAAGCCACCCCCAUCAAUCAGGCCAAAAGAAACGAUCGCAGUCGAUCACCUAUGAGACGUCCGUCUUCUCGUCCCCCUGUCGUGGCUCCCGCAUUUGAUUUGCCGCCGGUCGUAGCCCCUGCCCCAGCUAAUUUCUUCCCCCUCAUCCCUCUCGAGGUAUUUCAGUGUCCAUAUUCCCGAGAACAGUGCCUGAGGGGCGAUCUCUGCCCGUAUGACCACGGAGAACCGCCGGAUGCAGUGUUAUUGAGGUUGUUGUCAUACAUCUCGGGUUGAAUGGUUGAU